GGGUCUGCCGUUUCCUAGUGCGUGCACAGCCGCCCUGAGGUCACCUUCACUACAGGGCCAAGGACCCCGUGGGAAUGCACAGGCUUCGCCACUCUGGUUCCCCGCGCGUCCAUGAAGGGGUGCCUAGAGAGAAGACCUGCGUGGCAAAAACCUGAACGAAGAGAUGAGGGGCAUGGAGAAGAGUAGAAAAAGAUUAGAAACAUAACAGUGGGAGGAGAUGUUAGUUUCCUUUAUAACUUUUGUUACUGGCGGUAGCAGGGAAGUUAGAAAUUGUUUUUAAAAAAAUUUCAGACAGGCAUUUUCCAAAGGCAAGCCUGGAGCGCGCGGAUCUAUACAACUGCGGAAGGCCCCGUUUCCGGUCCUUUGCGCCUGCGCUCUUGCAGCCAAGAAGGCGGGAGGCCCCAGUAGAGAGAAGCCUGCAACCGGAAGUGAAGGCAGAUUUCCCUCCUUCGUCGCUGUUGCUGCCGCCAUACGCGCUCUCCCUGCUUAGAACCCGUCCAGAGGCCCCUUCCCUUUUUCCCCUGCCGGCCCAGUUAUGGCAGAGAACGAUGUAGACAAUGAGCUCUUGGACUAUGAAGAUGAUGAGGUCGAGACAGCAGCUGGGGGAGAUGGGGCUGAGGCCCCUGCCAAGAAGGAUGUCAAGGGCUCCUAUGUCUCCAUCCACAGCUCUGGCUUUCGUGACUUCCUGCUCAAGCCAGAGUUGCUCCGGGCCAUUGUCGACUGUGGCUUUGAGCAUCCAUCAGAAGUCCAGCAUGAGUGCAUCCCUCAGGCCAUUCUGGGAAUGGAUGUCCUGUGCCAGGCCAAGUCGGGCAUGGGAAAGACAGCAGUGUUUGUGUUGGCCACACUGCAACAGCUGGAGCCAGUUACUGGGCAGGUGUCUGUGCUGGUGAUGUGUCACACUCGGGAGUUGGCUUUUCAGAUCAGCAAGGAAUAUGAGCGCUUCUCUAAAUAUAUGCCCAAUGUCAAGGUUGCUGUGUUUUUUGGUGGUCUGUCUAUCAAGAAGGAUGAAGAGGUGCUGAAGAAGAACUGCCCGCAUAUCGUCGUGGGGACUCCAGGCCGUAUCCUAGCCCUGGCUCGAAAUAAGAGCCUCAACCUCAAACACAUUAAACACUUUAUUUUGGAUGAAUGCGAUAAAAUGCUUGAACAGCUCGACAUGCGUCGGGAUGUCCAGGAAAUUUUUCGCAUGACCCCCCACGAGAAGCAGGUCAUGAUGUUCAGUGCUACCUUGAGCAAAGAGAUCCGACCAGUCUGCCGCAAGUUCAUGCAAGAUCCAAUGGAGAUCUUCGUGGAUGAUGAGACGAAGUUGACGCUGCAUGGAUUGCAGCAGUACUACGUGAAACUGAAGGACAACGAGAAGAACCGGAAGCUCUUUGAUCUUCUGGAUGUUCUUGAGUUCAACCAGGUGGUGAUCUUUGUGAAGUCUGUGCAGCGGUGCAUUGCCUUGGCCCAGCUACUGGUGGAGCAGAACUUCCCAGCCAUUGCCAUCCACCGUGGGAUGCCCCAGGAGGAGAGGCUUUCUCGGUAUCAGCAGUUUAAAGAUUUUCAACGACGAAUUCUUGUGGCUACCAACCUAUUUGGCCGAGGCAUGGACAUCGAGCGGGUGAACAUUGCUUUUAAUUAUGACAUGCCUGAGGAUUCUGACACUUACCUGCAUCGGGUGGCCAGAGCAGGCCGGUUUGGCACCAAGGGCUUGGCGAUCACAUUUGUGUCUGAUGAGAAUGAUGCCAAGAUUCUCAAUGAUGUGCAGGAUCGCUUUGAGGUCAAUAUUAGUGAGCUGCCUGAUGAGAUAGACAUCUCCUCCUACAUUGAACAGACACGGUAGAGGACUCGCCCAUUCUGGAAUGUGACUGGCCUUCAGGAGACGAUAUCAGGGUGGGGGUGAAGGAGACACUACUGCCCCCAUCCCUGACAGCCCCCACCCCAUGGCUUCCGUCUUUUGCAUCACCACCACUCCUGAACCCCCAUUUCUGAUUUGUCAGAAUUUUUUUUUUUAACAAAACUAAAAAUGAAACACAUGUGUCUGUGGUAUCU